AUGGAGCCUGGCCGGCCGCGGAGGGUGAAGCAGCGCGUCAACUACCUGGAGGUGCCGGUGCCUCAGAACGAGCGCGAGCAAGCUGCAGUCCCGCUCGGCUGUUGUACAGUGGCAGGCUGCUCGCAGCCCGGUGCUGGAUGGCACGCCGACCUGAAGGUGCCCAUCUGUGCGCUGCACGGCCGCCGCAUUCAGUACUACAAGGGUAUCGGGUGGCCCAGGGACGAGGACCGCGAGGACACGGCGUGCCACCUGUGCGGUGGCCUCGACACGGGAGGGGCAUCGGAGGCGGACGAGACGCUGUUGCUUUGCAGCGAGUGCGGCUGGGGCUGGUGCGCACCGUGUGUGGGCGCCUGCGUGGGCGAGGCGCAGCUACAGGCUCUGCUGGCGGCGGGCGAUGACUCGGAGUGGCGUUGCAUGCGCUGCGAUAGCUCACAGCUCGAUGAGGCCUUGCGUCCUCCUCCGCCGGCGGCCACGGUCUCCUCCAAGCCGCAGAAGAAGUGCGGCCCGCUCGUCGUCGGAAAAACGACGUGGCAGCCCAUAUUGCGGCCGCUGCCGCCUCCGGGCGCCGCGCGGAGCGGAGCUGGGUCGGCGGUUGCGGCCGCCGUCUCGCCAGCUCUUCCGGACCUGAUGCCGCGGCGCGGCGACGUCUCGUUUGAAGACGCGGGUGGAGACGCACCACCAGGCGGCGGCGGCAGCGGUGCGCUUUCCACCGCGGCUGCCACCGCGGCUGCGGCGCCGGCUGCUGCUGCCGGUCUCUCGCUCGACAUCGUCGCAGACUGCGGAGGCGAGUCGCGCGUCCAUGUGGCGGCGGGCAGCUGUGUCGCGGCGGCGGACGCGCUGCUCUGCGCGACUGGGGCACCGGUGUGGGCGGUCGCGUGGCUGCCUCGAGACGGCGGCGAGCCCGACGGCAGCGAGAUGCUCGCAGUGGGCACGCACGUCAGCGACGCCACGCACGAGCUGCGGGGCGGCAGCAACGCCCUCGGUUUGUGGAGGGUCCGUCCCGAGGCGGCGGCGGGCGGCGGCGGCGGCGGCGAGAGGUGGGCGGAGCUCCUGCACGACGGCGGCGGCGUGCUCGACCUCGAGUGGUGCCCUUCGGGCAACGCCGCCGCUGCCGCGGGAGGCGAGGGCGAGCUUGGCCGCAUGGGGCUGCUCGCUGCGGCAUGCGCCGACGGAGCCAUUCGGGUGUGGGCGUUGCCGCGCGUCGCAGAUCUGGCUGGGCUGGCCGCGUCGGGCGGCGCCGUGGCACUCUGGUUCCGACUCACGCCGGCACGGUUGCUACGCGCUAGCGCCGCCGCGGGCUUGCCCCUCUGC